AUGCCCCCGACUCAUGCGCAACAAGGCGUCAUGUUCCGUACAAAGACGAACAAAGGAAAUCCGUUUUCCGUCAUCAAGGUGCGCUUCGAUGAGAAACCAGAGCGCAUUCCCCCUGGCGCCCAUUGCGUCUAUGAUCGAUACGGAGACAACGUCCCAUUCACUUGUGGUCAACGGUACCUCCUAAGCGACAAGACGACCCAAGAGAUCUGGAGCGAUGACCAAGUUCGCUUUGUAGAAAAGUACGACGAUAUUGACUGGGAUGGCCUUGUACCCUACGGGCCUUUCCCAGAUGGCAAGUGGAAGUUGAGAAUACUGGGUCACAAAGCGAAGCUGGAUGAUGUUGUAGCUGGGGAGCUUCACCUUAUAGAGAUUGAACUGUCUACCCCGAAAGCCGGAUCUGAGAAGGUGUAUAAGGAGGUCACUGAAUAUCUGAGAGAACACGAUGUAUUGCUAUGCGACCCCCAGGCGUCGAAGACACUGCGCUUGUUUCGGCAUAUGGGAUACAUUGAUGACGAAGAUACUUGGAGCGAGGAACUUUAG